UUGACCUCACAAAAUCUUCAGGUGGUGGUGGAAGGUUGCUGGAAUAGGGUAGGCUUACCCGCACGGCAACCACGGCCGACGCACCGCCACAUGCUGCGUGGCGGCCGGCGCCACAGUUGAACCCCUCCCUCCUCACUCGCAGCUCCAGUUGUUCCUUCUCAGGCUUUGAUGAAGCUUGCAGACGCGCCUGGGAAAUUUCGCGCUGUGCUUCCAUGUACCCUCCUCCACGCUCGUGGCUCAAAGUAAACACUGCGAUCACUUCCGCCCACCAUGGAGGACGAGCUCAUCCAGAUCUUGUCCAACACGCAGCAAGCGGACGCCGGCAUCCGCAAGGCUGCUGAGCUCGAGCUCAAGCGCAACAACCUCAAUCCCGCUUUCCCGCAGGCUCUCGCCAACAUCGCCUCGCACGCCUCAGUCGAUACCAAGGUUCGCCAGUCCGCCCUUUCCACCCUGCGUCUGUUCAUCGAGGACAAUUGGGCCCCAGACCCCGACAAUGAGGCACCUCAAGUUCCCAUCCAGCCGGAGGCUCGGAUCCAGCUGCGGGAGAGUCUGCUCAACCUCGCCAUCAUCGGCGAGGAGGAUCGGAGGAUCAAGAUCGCCGCUAGUUACGCCGUUGGCAAAAUUGCCAUGAACGAUUUCCCCGAACAUUGGCCAGAUCUUCUCGAGAAGACGCUCGCCGUCAUCCCUGCCGGCUCCGACACGCAGCUCUACGGCGCCCUCCGAGUUCUCGGCGACCUCAUUGAGGAGAACCUUAGCGAGGACCAAUUCUUUUCCAUGGCCCGCGACAUUGCCCACACGCUGACCGAAACCGCCCUUAACGAGAACCGACGACCGGUCUUACGCGCGCUCGCCAUCUCCAUCUUCCGCUCCUGCUUCGAAAUGAUGGAUAUGAUCAAGGACGAACACGGCAAGGAAGUCAAGGCAUUCGCAGAGGAGCUCUUGAAGCAGUGGAACCCAUUCUUCAUCACUGUGCUCAAGACACGACUGCCAGAGGCCGAUCUUAGCGGCGGUCAGCAGCCCGAGGCGUGGAACGAUCUCAUCACCCUGAAGCUGCAGGUGGCCAAGACACUCAUUAGAAUUCGCCGCGUCUUCCCAUCUCUGCUGCUUCCACAGAGUACUGCCCUGUUCUCAGCCGUGUGGGAGGAGCUGAAUUUGCUUCAGGACGCCCACUCGCUGCUGUACAUUGACAACGACGCCCAGGGCCGUCUGGAAAAUGCCGACCAGCUGCCGUACACCCUCGACUUCCUCAUCCUGGAAGAGCUUGACUUUCUGAACCAGUGCUUCCGCGCCGAGACCGUCCGAGCCGAACUCGAUGUGCAGCUCAAGGCGCAUGCCUCUGGCGCCGACGUGCCGUGGAUGAUCGAGAUUGUGCGCAUGCUGGUCUCGUACGCGAGGAUCUCGCGUGAAGAGGAGGAGCUCUGGGACAUUGACUGCUCGCUGUUCUUGGCGGAGGAGACGUCGGUCUCGGCAAACUACACUGCCCGCGUCGCGGCCAGUGAUCUGCUCAUCAAGAUGGGUGAGUGGUUCGAUCAGAAGACCGUGGAGGCCCUUUUCGCCUUUACCAAGACUCUGUUCCCCGGCGACGGAUCACCUUCUGCGUGGAGGAACCAGGAGUCCGCACUGUUCCUCUUCGUCAUGCUGGAGAGCGACCGGCAAGACCUUGAAAAGGGUCUCCCAGCUCCCAUCUCCGCUGCGUACCUUGAAUUGGUCGACUUUGCCAUUAACCGUCACGAGGAGCCUCUUCUCCGUGCCAGAGGCUAUCUUGUCGCCGGGAUGCUGUGCCGCGCCAUCGAGCUGCCGGAUGUAUUGUUGGAUCGCAUCAUCACCUCUAUUGUGCAAGAGGAAGCCGAGGUUGUUCAGGUCUCCUGCAUCAAGGCAGUUGAGGGCUUGAUGAAUGCUGAAAAGGUGUCGGUCGACAAGCAGAUCCCCAUCAUCAAGGCUAUAGAGCAGUAUAUGAGCGGCAAGGAUCCCGAGGAGAUGGAGUCGGCAGACGAACUCCUCGUCACGCUCAGCGAGGCGCUUCGUGCCGCUACCCGCAUGGACUGCCGCGUCGCUCUGUCCAGCGAUGUACCCUCAAUCGACUUGCUUUUCCUCCUGGCCAGGACCGGUGCCAGCAACUUCCAGGUCACUAUGAUGAUUUCGGAAGCCAUGGAGGAGAUUGUGCGAAGUCUGACAGGAGCUGAGGCCUACGCUGCGCUGUGCAGCAAGGUCCUGCCCACGCUGAUGGGUGCUUUCGAUGUGUCUAGGGUCACGGACGAUAGCCCGCUCGUCACCGUCGCUGUUGAGCUGUUGGAGGUUCUGACGCAACAUGCCUGCGAGCCUCUCCCGCCCGGCUUUGUCUCCGCCGUGUUCCCCAAGCUCACCCAGGUGCUGAUGGAGUCGAACGAGGGAGACGUGCUGCGACCGGCGGCUGAAAGCGCGAAAUGGAUCCUGCAGCACGACCACCAGCAGGUCUUCGAGUAUGCUGACGAGAACGGGCGAGCGGGCCUCGAGGUCUGCCUACACGUUAUUGACCGUCUGCUCGGGCCUUCCAUCGAGGACAACUCUGCCACCGAGGUGGGCGGGCUGGCCGCUGAGCUGGUCGAGAAGGCCGGACACGACCGUCUUGGCCCAUUCCUACCACAGCUUCUACAGGCUGUCGCCAGCCGUCUCGCGACCGCCCAGGCCGCGCAACUCAUUCAGUCGCUCAUCCUAGUGUUCGCCCGCCUCUCCCUGAACACUCCCAAGGAGGUUGUGGAUUUCUUGGACUCGGUCCAGAUCAACGACCGGAAUGGAUUGCAAGUUGUCAUUCCGAAAUGGCUCGAGAAUUCGGUCAACUUUGCCGGUUUCGAUGAGAUCCGCCAAAACGUCAUCGCCCUCUCCAAGCUUUUCACGCUGAACGAUCCUCGCCUGGCACAGAUCCAGGUCAAGGGUGAUCUUGUUGUUGCCAGCAACGACACGCAAAUUAAGACUCGCUCGCGGUCGAAACAGAGUAAGCCUGGAGACCCCGACUUUCCCAUCAAGAAAAUACUUGCUCAAACGCCUCCAGACCCAGACCAAUGGACCCAGGUACCAGCGCAGGUGAAAAUUAUCAAGCUGCUCAUUGACGAGCUGAUGCUCGCGUCGGGCCACAAAUCAGCCGCGGACAUUGCCUCUGCCGCCGUUGGCGGUGAGCUAGACUCGGACUCGGACGACGAGGGCUGGGAGGACGACGAUGACGCGCUGGAUCUAGGUCUCGGCACAACAAAGGCCGACCUGAUGUCCAUCCUAGACGGCCCAGGUCGACGCUACCCCGACAACGAAACGAACAAAUAUUUGACAGAGUUCUUCACGCGAUGCGGCACAGAGAACCUCGCCAACUUUAACGACGUAUAUGUAUACCUCACCGUGGAGGAGCAAAAGAAACUCCACGAUGUGGUCAACAGCCAGGUGCAGUGAAUUGGGCAAGGACGUGACAUGGCCCAUUUCACGCGAAUAAGGCUUUUUAUGAGGAUAUGGAUAAUGGACUAAGCAAGGCUCAAGGGCCAGGAUGAGAGGGGGGGGGGAAAUGCUCAUGCUCAUGGGACUGCGAUGAUAUCAUGGUUAGCAUUAGCUGGAGGCUCAAUAUUACUGUCAUUAUGCCCCAAAAGGACGAAAUAUCCUAGCGUCUCCGCGUGCUCAUCGUUGGGAGCCCACGUCCCGUUUCAUAAAUGUCGUUUCAUUAGCUCAUACAGUCAUUCUGGUCCCACGUCCCAAGAUCUCUUAUCAUACAAG